AUGAAUAAUUUGAGUAGUAAACUGGGUUAUAAAAUACUUCGUAAGAGUAAUAAUGAAAUAAUACCAGUGACAGAUCUUGAUUAUGAAGACAAUCAAAAAAUUGUAAUAUUUGAUGAUUACAUUUGUGAGAAAAACCAAAAAAAACUUAUAGAAUAUUUUAUGCAAGGAAGACAUAAAAAUUGUUCAGUGAUUUAUCUAAGUCAGUCUUUUUAUAGAACACCAAUAGAUAUCCGGAUAAAUUGUUCUCAUUUUUGCCUUUAUGAGUCUCCAUCAAGAAAUCUUGGUAUGAUAUCUAAUGAGUUGAUUGUUGACAAAAAAAAAAUAUAA